GCCUCAAAAUGGCCGCCUCCUGGCAUUUCUGGCGCUGUUGAAUGGAGAAAGCUUUAUUGUUCCCUUCGGGCAGGGGUGUUCGUGUCCUCUAUGGCGCUGUCAAUAAAGAACGGCAGUUUGAAUCGGUGCUGAACAGCAUGGCUUGAUGAGUGGUGCGUUGGUCCGCGCCCAGGACCUGAACCUGCAAAUCCCGGGCUGCCGAAGCGGAGCACGUGAACUUAACCACUGGACCACGGGGCUGGCCCCUGGAGUUUGUUUUUGUUUUUUUUUUUUGACGGGAGCAAGGGAAGGUGCAAAAGAGAAGGAUUUGAGGAUGACUUGUGACUUUUUAGAGAGAGGCAGUGGGUUUUUGAGAAUACAGACCUCAGAGCCAGACUGCCUGAGUUUGGACCCCAGCUCUUCCACACACUAGUUGUGCGACCCCGAAUCUCUCUAGAAUCUAGUGCUGAUCCUCACAAAGUGGAUUCUGGAAGAAGAGAGGAAGAGAAGUCCUCAGGCAGAGCAGCUGCGAUGGAGCUCCCCAACUACAGCCGACAGCUGCUGCAGCAGCUCUACACUCUGUGCAAGGAGCAGCAGUUCUGUGACUGCACCAUUUCCAUUGGUACCAUUUACUUCAAGGCCCACAAGCUUGUCCUGGCUGCUGCCAGCCUCCUCUUCAAAACCCUGCUGGACACCACAGACACCAUCUCCAUUGAUGCAUCUGUGGUGAGCCCCGAGGAGUUUGCCCUUUUGUUAGAAAUGAUGUACACUGGCAAACUACCUGUGGGCAAGUACAACUUCUCCAAAAUCAUCUCUUUAGCUGACAGCCUACAGAUGUUUGAUGUGGCUGUAAGUUGUAAAAAUCUUCUAAGCAGCCUUGUAAACUGCUCUGUUCAGGGUCAGGUGGUGAGGGAUGUCUCAGUACCAUCCUCAGAGUCAUUCAGGAAGGAAUUGGAGAAGCCAGAAGUAGAAAUCCUUUCCUCCGAGGGUGCUGGAGAGCCUCAUUCUUUCCUGGAGGUUUCUAUCCCUCCAGGUGGCCCUGUGAAAGCUGAGACUGAGGAAGCAAUCCAAGAGAUGAGUGUGGAUCCUUCUACUGCCCAGGAGAUUCAGGGGAAUGCAGACACCCCCGUGGAGACUCCUCAUGCAGCUCAAGUUUGUUCCCUCUCCCCUCUUGUACAAGCCUUUAGUGAGGCAAAGGACGCAAGCACAGAACCAGAGUAUGCGAAGAAACACUACCAGCUGAAUUUUCUUCUAGAAAAUGAAAAUAUCUUCUCAGACGCACUCUUGAUUACCCAGGAUGUCUUAAAAAGACUAGAAGAAUGCUCAGAAAUUAAAGGUGCACAGAAGGAGACCAUAAUGGGAUGUCUUGAGGGUGAAGAAGGACAUUCCGCAUUCCAGAGAAUCCUGGGUAAAGUGAGAGAUGAGAGCCUGGAUGUUCAGACUGUUGUGUCCAUGUUGAGGCUGUACCAAGAUUCUAAUCCUGCAGUGAAGACCGUGCUGUCAGACAGAAAGCCAGGAGACGGAGAAGCAGUGCAGCCAAAAGGGAGCACAGAGGAGGGAAAGACCUUGUCUAUUCUGUUACUAGAACACAAAGAGGACCUGAUCCAGUGUGUAACACAGCUGAGACCUAUUACGGAGUUCCUGGAAACAGCCAAGGAGGAAUUCCUGACUGGCACCGAGAAAAGGGUGAUUCUGAAUUGCUGUGAGAGCGGAACACCCAAGGAGACAAUAGAAAAUUUGCUGUAUAGGAUGUCUGAAGAGAAGACCCUGACUGCUGAGAGUUUGGUAAAACUCCUCCAGGCUGUGAAGAUGACGUUCCCAAAGCUGGGCCUUCUGCUGGAGAAUUUGCAGAAAUUAGCCACUUUGCCGAGCACCCCAGUCCAAGCAAGUGCUGAUUAUGGGACUGAGCUGUUGAGACGGUAUCAAGAAAACCUCUCUGAGAUUUUCACUGACAACCAGAUGUUAUUAAAAAUGAUCCCACACGUGAAGAGUUUAGCCUCUGGAGAAAGAGAGGUCAUGGAGAAGCUUGUGAAACGUGACUCUGGUUCAGGUGGUUUCAGUUCUCUGAUGUCAGCAGUUCUAGAGAAGCAGACUCUCUCUGCAACAGCUGUUUGGCAACUGCUGCUCAUGGCUCAGGAGACAAAGACCUGCCCAUUGAACCUGCUCAUGGAGGAAAUACGAAGGGAGCCUGGGGCCGAUGCUUUCUUCCAAGCAGUGACCACGCCACAAAGUGCUGCCUUAGAAACCAUCCUGAGGCAUCACAAAUUGAUCCUAGAGGCCAUCCAACAAAGGACUGAACUCAAGUGCUUUACCUCAGAGGAGGAGAACCUGGCAGAGACUGUGAAAGAGAUUCUGAGCAUUUCCUCUGAGACAGCCAGCCCUGAAGCUUCCCUGAGAGCAGUGCUGAGCAGAGCCAUGGAAAAAUCCGUCUCAGCCAUUGAAAUAUGUCACCUCCUGUGCAGCAUCCACAGAUCUUUCCCAGGCCUACAGCCUGUCAUGCAGGAGUUAGCAUACACUGGUUUCCUUGCUCAGGAAAAUGGAGAGGAAGGGUGGAAGGUGAGUAAUAAAUUUCACCUUGAAGCCAACAGUGAAGCAGAUGAAAAGGUGGCUGAGCCAGCUGAAGAAGGCUGCCAGUCUGCGGAGCAGAACGACCCAGGGGAGACUGGUUCCUUGCCAGAACAGCAAGAGGAAGGCACUUCUGCCUCCCCAGACUCUGCCAAGAAGAGCUUCGUCUGUAAGGCCUGUGACAAAAGCUUCCAUUUCUACUGCCGCCUCAAGGUGCACGUGAAGCGCUGCCGCGUGGCCAGGAGCAAGCAGGUGCAGUGCAAGGAGUGUAACGAGACCAGGGAUUCGAGGAAGGAGCUGGAGAAACAUCAGCUGGAAGCCCACGGUGCAGCUGGAGAGCCUGACGUCCCCAAGAAGAGGAAGAAGAGGCUUCCGGUGACGUGUGACCUCUGUGGAAGAGAAUUUGCUCAUGCCUCAGGCAUGCAGUACCACAAACUGACAGAGCACUUCGACGAGAAGCCUUUCUCCUGUGAAGAAUGUGGGGCUAAGUUUGCAGCCAAUUCUACCCUGAAGAACCACCUUCGCCUUCACACUGGGGACCGCCCAUUCAUGUGCAAGCACUGCCUGAUGACCUUCACCCAGGCCUCUGCCCUGGCCUACCACACCAAGAAGAAACACUCAGAAGGAAAAAUGUAUGCAUGCCAGUACUGUGAUGCUGUGUUUGCCCAGUCCAUUGAGCUGUCCCGCCAUGUGAGGACCCACACCGGGGACAAGCCUUAUGUCUGCAGGGACUGUGGCAAGGGCUUCCGGCAAGCCAAUGGCCUCUCCAUCCACCUGCACACCUUUCACAACAUAGAAGAUCCCUAUGACUGCAAGAAGUGCAGGAUGAGCUUCCCCACUCUGCAGGAUCACCGCAAGCACAUCCACGAGGUGCACUCCAAGGAAUACCACCCCUGCCCCACUUGUGGGAAGAUCUUCAGUGCCCCUUCCAUGCUGGAGCGGCACAUGGUGACUCACGUUGGAGGGAAGCCCUUCAGCUGCGGGAUCUGCAACAAGGCCUACCAGCAAUUGUCUGGUUUGUGGUACCACAAUCGGACCCACCACCCCGACGUGUUUGCUGCUCAGAACCAUCGAUCUUCCAAGUUCUCGUCACUCCAGUGCAGCUCCUGUGACAAAACCUUUUCCAACACCAUUGAACACAAGAAGCACAUCAAAGCGGAGCAUGCAGAUAUGAAGUUCCACGAAUGUGACCAGUGUAAGGAGCUCUUCCCCACGCCGGCUCUGCUGCAGGUUCACAUCAAGUGCCAGCAUUCAGGGUUGCAGCCGUUCAGGUGCUUGUACUGUGCGGCUACUUUCCGCUUCCCGGGAGCACUGCAGCACCACGUCACCACCGAGCACUUCAAGCAGUCGGAGAGCACCUUCCCCUGUGAGCUCUGUGGGGAGCUCUUCACCUCCCAGUCCCAGCUUGACGGUCACUUGGAAUCUGAACACCCAAAGGUGACGGGCACUGAAACCCAAGCAGCAUCCUCAAAGAUGGUGCAGGUGAUCCACACCCCAGAGCCGGCAGCCCCGACAGAGCAAGUGAUCACUUUGGAGGAGACCCAGCUUGCUGGGUCGCAGGUGUUUGUGACGUUGCCAGACUCGCAGACGUCUCAGACCAGCUCUGAGCUCGUGGCGGUAACCGUGGAGGAUUUGCUGGACGGUACUGUGACCCUGAUCUGCGGUGAGGCCAAGUGAGCGGCUGCUCCUCCCAUGGAGGGUCCUGCGUCUGCAGCAGAGAACAUGCUUGCCCUUUGCUCCCCACCCCUGGCGGUCCUGAGUGGGGAGCAUCUUAGCCUAGCACCAGCCAGAAUGGUCUCACUUGGAAAACAGACAGAAGUGCCACUGUUCUCAUAGAACCAACGAUGUGUGAGUCAUCACCGCCAGCACCACUGCCCUCCGUAGCGGGCAGGCCUGUUUCCCCACAAGUCUGCUGCUGCGGCCUCUGGGACACUGUCCAUCCCCAAGUGGAGCGGAGCUUCUGAAAUAGUCUGAAAGAGCAGUGGAUAGGAGCUCUCAGGGCAGCUAGAGAGGUGCGGGUGCCAGCAGCCUUCAGUGUGCAGAAUGGCCAUUAGACAUGGGUCUGUGGCCCACAGAGCGGGGCUGCAAAUGCUGCCAGUGCCUUCUGACCGUUUAAAAGUGAGAGACAAGCACCAGCACACCAUCCAGGGACCCCAGCCUUGAGCACACUUGGCCCCUUCCUUGCUUCCAGAAGUCCUCCCACCUGAUUGGGUCACCCAGCCCCCCAUUGUUGUGGCAAUAGGACAGGUGGCAGCGUGUUAAUGAAGGAAGGCCUCAUUUCCAUGCUGAGUCCCACCCUAUCGGUACAGUCAGCCCUUCCCAAAACGAAGCCUUUGGAGUGUUUCCACUCCAGCACAACAAUUCUGCUGGAAUUGUUCCAUGUGAGGCCAUCCAGCUGCAAAGACUCUGCCUUUCCAGGAUAUUCUUUGUGGUGUUCUGUACCUGAAGGCUGGUUCCUGCAGCUUUUCCGUGUUGUCCUCAUCCCCUUUCCCUAAUCAAAGCCUAAAACUUCUACCCAACCUGGAGGCCAUGCCCCUCCCUCUGGAGCAUGUACUAUAGCUAAUGAACCAGCGCCAGGUGGAGUAGCGCCCGUGAUUGUCCCUGGCUCUUCCUCCUGCCAUGGUCUUGCAUGCUUUGUGAGUGGCCUGCUGUUGGAGCUCUUCCUGGCUACCACUAUUACUGCAGGUCAGUGAUCCUUUGGAGUCUGAAUUUCACAAAGCUUUUUUAUCUUCAGUUCCUAAAAUAUAAUCUGAUAAUUAAUGGUUUGUGGAAUCCAUUAUGAAGUGCAAUUAGAUGGAUAUAGGUUCCCGCUGUUUGGAGGGAAUUACUUGCAUUUAUCUUCCUGUCCUCGGUGCCAGAAGGUUGAAGUCGGCUAGAGCAGUGCUUACACGUCCAGCAGGGCUCCCUGCCAUGUGGUGUGGCCUAACCCCUUGCAGAGGCUAGUGCCCAAUUAUAUCACUUGCCCUCAAGCUACAGGCCGCAGAACACAAGCCACCCCUUUUUUCUAAGCACAUUUCACAUCACCAGGUACAAGAAGGGGUGGGGGGCUCAAUCUGGGUCGUGGUCAGGACUUUUAUUGCCACCACACACUGCUGGAAAGGCAGGAAGUGGAACCUUAAUGCUGACCGGUAUGUUCACAGCUGGCCAUCCUGCUCUGUGCAGGCAGCUGGGCCGGCUUACCCCAGGCGUCUACUCCAGCCCCGAGUGUGUCCUCAUUUUGAUAUGCAAAUCACUUGAGCUGGUCUGCUCAGGGAUCUUUCCAUUCCGAAGUAAAUGAAGUUGUCAAAGGCACGUGGGCCUCAAAAGCCAAAAACUGACCAGAAGAUGGUGCUCAAACCUUUAAGACUUCGCCUCCAUGGAAGGCCUCACUGCUUCUGCUGAGGCUGUCUCUCUCUUAAGGAUUUCAGUCCUGUGAGCUGGCAGACCACGAGAGCUCUUAUCUGCAAGUGGCAAAAUGGCACUGAAUCUCCUCUAGGCACCAGAGAAAACCCAUUGAAAGAGAGUGGAGUGGCCCGUGCCCAUAGGGCCUGGAGGCCAAGCCCAGCGGACAGCAGGCUCCUCACAAGCUGCAGGCGAGAGUUGGGAAUCGCAGUGUCAUCAGGACUUCUUCUAGCCAAAAAACAACAUAAAUUUAAAAAUUAAUUGCUGAGGGCCUGUAGGGGAAAGUGAUUUUUCUUUUUUAAAAAGUCUUCUGAAUAAAGAAAGCUAUGCAUUUUAAAUCCAAGUUUCAGAUCCUUUCAGGUACUGAGAAACCCUGUCUCAGGUUUCUGACGGAGACCCAGAUUGUGGCAGGACACUCGUUUUCUUCAGAAUCACCAGACUUGCAACUCGCUUUGCCAGGAGCAAACAGAGAGAUGGGAUUCCCUGCUGGGUGCACUCGUCCCCACGGCAUACUCGGCGGCGGGCGGCACGCCCCGUGCGGUUCUAGGAAGGAUGAGGGAGGGGUCCAUUCUGAGUCCAGUCUCUGAUCUGAGGGGACCUCCGCAAGACGCCGCCCUGGCAGUGAUUUUACAGUGUUGCUCCCUGGACACCCCCAAGCAUGGAUUUUAUUGUAGGAAGACUUUUUCUAGCCAUUUUAUUAUUUUCUCCCACUUCUGCCCCCAAAGAUCUUCUGAAUUACUGCCACAGAGGACAUUGUUACCGUGUCUCCUAAGUCCACACCACUUACUUUUGCGUGGCAGUGAUGUUCUCUUUGCCUCGUUGCUCUGGGUACUGCCCUUGUGGCCUCCGGGCUGAACCCUGGAGCACUCGCCGUGGUGUGAAGGAGUCUCUGGGCUUCUUGGAACACUUGGAAUUAUUCAGGGGGACCCCAAGCCUAUCUGCUCCCAGAGCUCAUGAAUCAGCUGGUGAGGAGGGAAGGGCAGGCAGAUUCCAAGCUGGAGUCUAAUGGUGUGGGAAUAAAGGGGGUCACUUAUGGAACAGGAUUUGCCCCUCGCAGGUAAGUGAGACAGCAAAUAGAUGAUUCAAGAGCAAGAUUGCUGUAGGAAGAUGGGACUGGCCAAGUACGUGAGCAGAACCUGGGACCAGAGGGGCAGCAAAGGGGCAGAGACACAGGCAUGUACUUGUUUAGAAUGCCUGUCUCUUCUGUCUCAGAAGCUCUGUGUUUGGAAAACUUUGAGCCCAGUGAGUACCACAGUGUGCAGUGUGAAUACUGGGUUCCUCUGGCGAUUCAGGUCCUCUGUGAGGAAGCAUCCUGAUUCUCUCUCCCUCCCACCGACCACAGACCGCACAUCAGCCUCGUCCCCAGGGAAGAGCUCUGACAGUUGGAGGCUGAGGGAUGAAAUGAGGUCUAGUCCUACAGGGGUGAAGGGGAGACAAGGUCCCUGUUCUUUGCUCACAGUCUAAAGCAGCAAUACUCCCCGAGUCGAGGAGAAAGAUGAGAGGGGCCCAGAGUCUCUCACCCCAGGUGAUGUUGCAGUCUCCACAGGCUGAUGACAUGGUAAUGGGCUCACUGUGCCUUUAAAAUCUCAUGUGCCUGAGGUCUGUGGAUGGACUAAGGGAUGGAAGAAACUACUAACCUUACAGAGAAUGGGUCUAGGGGAUAAGCAGUGUUUCUAUUAAAUGGGGCUAGACAGUUGGACAUUGGUGGAGAGAAUACUGGGAGGCCAUAAUCAGUCCUCCCACAGGAAGAAUUCAGCAGCCCAGCCCCGCUCUGCUUGGCAUGGUGUAUCCUUGGGAUGCUUGGGAGGCAGGAAGAAAAUGGGAGUAAAAGAAAGAUCUGGGGUUGAAGGGAGUGUCGAAGGCAAGUUGAUAAUUGUUUUUUUGCCAUGGAAAACCUUGGAGCUAGUAGUUCUUGGGCCAAAAGCUCAGAAGCACAGCCACAACCCAGAAACUUGCUACACCUGCGCCGUGGCCUGUAAGGAAGAGAGAAGCUGCCUGUGCUUUGGGGACUACGUUGUCGGAGGGGAAAAGAAAUUAUCCCUGGGCUAAUUGAGAUCACUUCCAAAUGGUGGAGUGUUUAUCGUUUCCCUUACAGAGGCCAGCCCCACUGCCACCACCCGUGGUCAGGACAGCUAGCCAGCACGUGAUGCUGUGUAAACUGGAUUAGAAACCAUUAUUCGCGUGCAACUUGCACUACUCUAUAGAAAUAAAAUAUGUGCUUUGAAAAAAGUUAUGCCGCCUGAGUUUCAAGUGGCCUGUGAGGACAUAGACCUGUUUUCUCUUGGGUUCUGGGCAGUUGGAUGGGCACAGGCUUCACAGGCCUGGUUCCUAGGGCUCUUGAGGAGCUUCGGGCCGUGUUAGCAGGGCCUGGGGGUGAGGGAGGAAGCUCUCCUGUCAGCUGGAGUCUCAUUUCCUGAAACCUCGCCCAGGGAGCAAGUGUGGUGUGGCGUCUGAGACAGGCUGUGGGCCCGACCUGGGUACGUCCCAGCUAUGCCACUUCCAGACUGUGUGACCUGAGGUGAGAUGCUUACCUCUCUGAGCUUCCAUCUAUAAAUGAGGGACAUUAUUGUAUUUACCCCCACAGAAUUGUAAUACUAAUUAAAAGCCUGGAUUUAGUGUGGAAAUUUUUAGUUGUUAUUAAUAAAGUCCUUCACAUACAGGUUAGCCAUUCCUUGCGAUUUCUAGCACUGAGGAAAAUGUUCAUUCCCGCACCUUUACGGGUCUCCCUUCUUCCUCUCUCUCUGAAUCCUUAGAGAUCCCUGUAGCACCCACCACUUUUCAUUUAUCUCUUGAAUCUCAGCUUCCCCCAGAGCACAAAGUGCUGAGCAGAUAACUGUAAAAUAAGCAGAAACCUUUCGUGGUGAACAGCUGAAAAUGUCACAUUGCUGGCAGCCAACAAGGAAACAAGAGAGGCAGACACACAGGUAGGAUAUACAGCAUUUCUGCAGUAAGAAUCCAUCCUGUAAGGCAAGUGGAGGUGCGUCGGAUCCUGCAGGCUCUAGGCUCAGGUCAUCCCCGCGGCUGGGGGAGGGGCGGGUGAGGGGGUGGCUCUGUGCUAACCUCUCCUGGGACAGUGCUGGAGCAGCACGUACUGAGCCCUGUCCAGAGCCCACGGCCUUCAUGAAGGAAUGCACCUCUGCCUCAGCUGUGUCGUUGGAGAGAGGCUGGAGCUGCCUGUCGUGUCUGGAGCAAUAAUCCUGAGAGUGUCCCAGCAGCCGCAAGGGGUAGUUGUAACACACCGCCGGGCUCCAGCUGUGGAGGCGAGUUGUGCAGAGGUGAAGUGCUGCUGCGGGUCAGGAGGGAUGAGCAGAGGUAGGAAAUGGGCCGAGUGCCUCCUGGUGAUCUGUCAUCUUAGGCCGGGCCGCGGGCUGGCUGUGAGAGGCUGAGCAACACGUUGG